ACUGAGGUUUCUCUCCCUCAAACUCAGAACCUUCAACAAAACACUCUUCGAAAACAAAUAAUGGCUGUCUCCGAUGAGCUUGGAGCUCUAACCAGGGCUUUCUCAGGGCUUGGUGUUGAUGAGAAGGCAUUGAUUUCAAUACUGGGGAAAUGGCAUCCGGAGCAGAGACAAACUUACAGAAAAGGCACUCGUGAUUUUUUCAUCGAAGAUGAACGUCAAUUUGAACGCUGGGAUGACUACCACGUCAUUCAACUCCAACACGAGUUUUUACGAUUCAAGCAUGCUAUUGUGCUGUGGACUAUGCAUCCAUGGGAAAGAGAUGCUCGUUUGCUGAAGGAGGCUCUGCACAAGGGUCCUCAACACAAAGUACUCGUUGAAGUUGCAUGCACACGAUUGUCAGACGAGCUUUUGGGUGCAAGAAAAGCCUACCAUUCCCUCUUUGACCAGUCGGUCGAGGAAGAUCUCGCUUUUGGCAUCCAUGGCCCUGAACGGAAGCUUUUGGUUGCACUUGUGAGUUCUUAUCGGUAUGAAGGUACAAAAGUCAAUGAAGGAAUUGCAAAAUCGGAGGCCAAAUUCCUUUCUAGUGCCAUAAAAGGAGCUGCUGGUAACAAGAAUCUUUUGGAAAAUGAAGAGGUGGUGAGGAUAGUUGCAACAAGAAGUAAGCCCCAUCUCACUUUAGUUUACAACCAUUACAAGGAAAUCACUGGCAACUACUUGGAUGAGGAUCUUGAAGGUGAGCUAUAUUUGCAAGAGACAGUUCAAUGCCUAUGCAAACCUCAAGAAUACUUUAGCAAGGUUUUGGAUGCCUCUAUGAGACCUGAUGUUGAUGAACUGAAGAAAGAAGCUGUGACAAGAAUAAUUGUUACAAGAGCAGAUGUGGAUAUGAAGCUGCUUAAACAAGAGUAUAAUCACAAAUAUGGGGUCUCUUUGCCCAACAAAAUUGAAGAUGUAGCCAAUGGAAAUUAUAGGGAUUUCUUGCUUACAUUAGUUGCCAGAGGAGAUUAAUUUGAUUUUUAAUUUAAAUUUGCCAAAAUAAUAAAUGUGGUUUUUUGUGCCAUUAGUUUUUCUUGAUGCCCAUGAGAAAUCUGUUAAUUGCUUUUAUAUGAACUUGUAAUGUUUGCCGUUUUGUUCUUUCCAAUUUUUCAUUGAGCUUCAUCGAGAACAUGUUUGUUAAGAUAUUGUAUUAUGAUAUCAUAAUCUAUUGAGAAUAAUGUAUUAGCUAUUGGACGCAAAA